AUGUUAUCGAAGACACUCCUACUAGUUUCCCUCCUCGCCAUUCAGGGCGCUUCUGCUCUUGAUCCCAAAUGUGCUCCAGGAGGUCACCCGACGACCAUCACGCCGGCCAAACUGAAGGGCUGCAAUGGAUAUCAAAACAAGAAGUUCUUCUAUACCGACACACAGGAUGGCUCCUUGGUCAUGAAAGUCCCCGGCUCCCCGGACAAUAGCGACUGUGUCACCACCCCGAAUAGCAAGCACUGCCGCUCUGAGUUCCGUGAACUCGCACCUGACAGCGGCGACAAAGCCAGCUGGGACCCAUCGGAGUCCACGAACAGAUUGAAGGCUACUCUCACCGUGACCAACCCUGACGAUAGCAAGCACGGUACCGUUAUUGGUCAGAUCCAUAUUGACGACAAGAUCUCAAGCAAACCAGUCUGUGAGCUCUACUAUAGCAAGUCUGGAGAUCUGACCAUGGGGGUUGAGAGGACUCGUGACGGUGGCGACAGCAAAUUCACCAAGGUUGGAAACGUUGCUGUGGGAACCAAGUUCACGUACGAGAUUCGAUACGAGUCUGAUAAGCUCAGUGUCAGCAUCAACGGGGGUUCGCCGAAAUCAUUGGAUACUUAUGAGUUGAAAUCCCCCAAGUCGUACUUCAAGGCUGGAAACUACAACCAGGGUGAAUCGGCUUCAGAAGUACAUUUCUAUGAACUUACUGUGCAGCAUUAG